UGCGCGCUGCGUUCGCUCCCCGCCGCGGAGCCGCCGCGCCGCCGGAGCCGGGAUGUGACUUGCGGAGGGCUGGCGGACAGAGCUGCCCCGCCGCCCUCGGCCGCAGCGGACAGCGGACAGAAAAAUGAAAACCUACCCAGCCAUUGGUUUCUUGCUGCUGUUGGUGAUCAGCUAUGGCUCCUCAGAGAACUCCAGCACGCCGCGGGGCUGCGGGCUGGACCUCCUGCCCCAGUACGUGUACCUGUGUGACCUGGACGCCAUCUGGGGCAUCGUGCUGGAGGCCGUGGCGGGGGCAGGUGUGCUCACCACGCUGCUGCUGAUGCUGAUCCUGCUGGUGAGGCUGCCCUUCAUCAAGGACAAAGAGAAGAAGAGCCCCCUGGGAAUGCACUUCCUCUUUCUCUUCGGGACUCUGGGACUGUUUGGGCUGACGUUCGCGUUCAUCAUCCAGGAAGAUGAGAUGGUGUGCUCCACCCGAAGGUUUCUCUGGGGAGUUAUCUUUGCUUUGUGCUUCUCCUGCUUGCUCGCCCAGGCCUGGAGGCUCCGCAGGCUUGUUCGCCACGGCAAGAGCCCGUCGGGGUGGCACCUGGCCGGGGUGGCCACGUGCCUGAUGCUGGUGCAGGUCAUCAUCGCGACCGAGUGGCUGGUCCUGACCGUGGUCAGGGAGAACAAGCUGGCCUGCAGCUACGAGCCCAUGGAUUUUGUGAUGGCCUCCAUCUAUGUCAUGUUCCUGAUGGUAUUUACCCUGGGAUUCUCGUUUUUCACGCUCUGUGGGAAGUUUAAGAAAUGGAAGAAAAACGGAGUUUGCCUCAUUAUAACGCUUUUCUUUUCCAUUCUGAUCUGGGUGGCCUGGAUGACUAUGUACCUGUUUGGGAAUGCUGAGCUCCAGAGAAGGGACAAAUGGAGUGAUCCCACUCUGGCUAUUGCACUGGUGUCCAGUGGCUGGGUGUUUGUUAUUUUUCAUGCCAUCCCAGAGGUCCACUGUACCAUCCUUCCAUCACAGCAGGAAAACACACCCAAUUAUUUUGAUACUUCACAGCCAAGGAUGCGUGAAACCGCUUUUGAGGAAGAUAUUCAGCUUCCUAGGAGCUACAUGGAAAAUAAAGCCUUUUCAAUGGAUGAACAUAAUGCAGCGCUGAGGACGGCAGGAUUUCGGAAUGGCAGCUUGGGCAGCCGGCCCAGUGCUCCUUUUAGAAGCAAUGUUUAUCAGCCAACUGAGAUGGCAGUUGUGCUAAAUGGUGGGACUAUACCAACUGCUCCGCCAAGUUACACUGGACGACAUCUCUGGUGAAAGGCUGUAGGCUGUAGAGAAUAAGAAUCCUUGUUGCAGAUGUUCCCUGGCAGUGUGUCUUUGAGGGAAGGAAUCCAUAACAGUACCAGAACAAAGCAACAAAACAUCCAGGAUCUUUCUAAAUCCUUUAGAGGAUUUUGCCUAAAUGUGAACACCACUGAAUGGAGAAUUGCAAAAGCAAAAUUGUAAAACUGAAGCUGAAUCUAAUUUAAAACAGAAGUAGGCACACCUUAAAUUGGCAGAGGAGAUAUUGUAUUUUGAAGUGUAAGAUAUUCUCUUGUCUGUAACUUGUGUGCCAGGCAAGCCUGGUUUUGGUGCUUGCCAGUUGCUUGCAAAAUCCCUUCCUCUCACCUAAACUUAAUUCAUGUUGCCACAAGAGAUUGCCACUACAGUGCGAAAACACGCGGGAUUUCUUUCCAUUUUUCUCCUUUUCCUGUCAUGUCCAACGUCAUGAGAAGUCCCCUGUUUGCUCCCUCCCUGGCUGUGCUGUACAGUCACGCAGCACCGUGUGUGGUCAGGCACGGUCCCUCGGUGGCAGCUCGGUCCCUGUGGCUCUGCAGGCUGAUGGGCUGAUGCUCUGCUCUCUCAGGAGCUCUGCUGUUCAGGAGCUGAGCUUUUUCAGGAGCUCUGCUGUUCAGCAGCCCUGCUCUGUCAGGAGCUGCCCUGGAGGUGCAGUUCGGAGCUCUGUGCGUGUUCUGGAGGUGCAGUUCGGAGCUCUGUGCCCGUUCUGGAGGUGCAGUUCGGAGCUCUGUGCCCGUUCUGGAGGUGCAGUUCGGAGCUCUGUGCGUGUUCUGGAGGUGCAGUUCGGAGCUCUGUGCCCGUUCUGGAGGUGCAGUUCGGAGCUCUGUGCGUGUUCCGUGCGCCGUGCGGAGCUCCCCGGGGCAGAGAGAGAAGCGCGGCCCCGGCAGGGGCGGCUCUCCCCGGCCCCAGGGCUGGACUCGGUGACCCGCAGUGUCACGGGUGUGAGCAGAGCCCAGGCUCCGGCCCUGGCAGGGCUGUUCUGGCCAGGCUGGGCU